AUGAAGCCAAAUCCUUACACUGCAAAUUCUCCUCCCUUUUCUCCCCCAAUUUUCCUCCUUUUUACCGCUAAUUUUACGCCAAAUCAUGCUAAUGGCAGAAUAAUUAAAGCAUUAUCUUCAUCUUCAGACGAAAAGAAGAGCAAAAUAGAAAUACGGGUUUGUACUAACAGGACUUGCAGGAAACAAGGAUCAUUGGAAAUUUUCCAAGUGCUCUCAGGGAUUGCGCCUCCACAUGCUUCUGUGAUAUCUUGCGGGUGCCUCGGUCGAUGUGGGGCUGGCCCCAACGUCGUCGUUUUGCCUGAGGGUGCGUUUUUUGGGCACUGUGGGACUCCCAUCAAGGCCGCGAAUUUGAUGUCGUUAGUUUGCGGGAUUGAUAGUAGCGAGGUCGAUAGUAGUUCAGAAAAUUGCUUGAAGGCAUUGGCGUUGAGGAAGAGAGCUGAGGAUGAAACGAGCCUCGGAAAUUUCUCGAUUGCCUGUAAUUUGCUGUCACAGGCUAUAGAUCUUAAUCCGUUUGGGGGCGUCCAUAUAUUGUUAAAGGACAGGUCUGCAGCAAGGUUGGCAAUGGAAGACACAGCUGGGGCGCUUGAAGAUGCUACAAAGGCUUUGACUCAUGCCCCUAACUAUCAUGAAGGUUAUGUUUGCCAUGCUGAUGCUUUAAUGGCUAUGGAUCAAUUUGAAGCAGCGGAGGAGUCCUAUUCAAUGGCUUCAGAAUUAGAGCCCUCAAUCUGUCGCUCCAAAUCGUUCAAGGCUCGAAUUGCAAAGCUUCAGGAGAAAGUAUUUCCUGCAAAUUUGGGUUGA